AAUCAUACAAACAUUGGUACAUAAUCAUGCAAGUAAUAACUCAUUAAUCCCACUUGACCUUUAUUAAUAAAAGAGACAGAAAAGCAAGAGAAGACUUCUGCCAACUCAACUCAAACAAAAAAAAAAAAAAAGUCAAGAACCUAAAAGUGAAACCUAACUUUCCUCUUUCCUCUCUCUUCGAAGUACGAAAAUCCUCUGCCAGUCCGCCGCUCUCGCUCGUCGGCUCCACUCCCGGCACUCCGUCCCUCCGCCCGUCGAGUCGCCGCCGUCACUGCUUCGUCCGUUCGUCGGCUCGUCGCUGGACUCGCUGCUCCCCAUUCGACUUCGCUUACUUCGCUAAAUCGCUAGACCCAAUUCACGGAUUGAAAAUGUAUACAAGAUUUAUUCAACCCCAUCAUCAUAAUCCUCAGCAACAGCAGCAGCAACUCCAUGAAUCUUUAAGUGUAAUGGCGGGUCCCAUUGAUGAGAUUCAUCAAGUGGGUCCCACCUCCACUUCCGCCGCCGCCGCAGGGGACCCACGUUUGGUGUUGACUUCCGAUCCAAAGCCACGUCUCCGGUGGACUGCCGACCUCCAUGAACGCUUUGUUGAUGCUGUCACUCAGCUUGGCGGGCCCAACAAAGCUACACCUAAGGCUAUAAUGCGGACAAUGGGUGUGAAAGGAUUGACUCUUUUCCAUUUGAAAAGUCAUCUUCAGAAAUACAGAUUAGGUAAGCAAUCGGGGAAGGAUAUGAUUGAGGCUCCAAAAGAUGGGAUUUCAGCUUCAUACCAUUUGGAGAGCCCUCGCACGAGUAAUUCUUCCUCAAGUUUGCCAACAUCAGACAUGGAUGAGGGUUUUAAGGUUAAGGAGGCCUUGAGAACUCAAAUGGAGGUGCAGACUAAACUACAUUUGCAGGUUGAGGCUGAGAAGCACUUACAGAUACGCCAGGAUGCAGAGCGAAGAUAUAUGGCAAUGCUUGAGAGAGCGUGUAAGAUCCUUGCAGAUCAACUUAUGGGGGUUGCAAUUGCAGAAAAUCAUGCGCAGACACUUCAAGAAUGAAUGAUUUUUAGCUGGUGUGGAGCGCAAGGGCAAUUAUGGGCUUGGUUUAGUGAGCGUUGGAUCUUGUUUGGAAGGACAGCUUAGCUGGCUUAAUUUAUGACAUCUUAAUUUAUACAAAUUGAUGGAGUUUGCAUUUCAGCUACCUGAAGUUGGAAUUACACUCGUCAAUGGUGGACAAAGUGCUUGAAUGAUGCUGAUUUGUGUAAUACUUCUGUCAACCUUGCUUCAUGUGUCAUAUUUCUAACCGGAAGAACGUAGAGCUUGUAAAUUUAAUUACUAAUGUUUCUAACAUGAGAUGCAUCUACAUCUCCUUUUAUUCAUAUUUGAGGAAAUAUAAACUCAACGCCGUGUGUGGACUCUCUAGAGUUACACAUGCGCCCUUAGUACCAAUUUUGUGCCUUGUCAUUUGGUAAUUCCGCGUAGUAGUAUAUCCUGUUGAAUUUUCAUGACAAUCUUAAAUUCUAAUGGAUUGUAAUUGUUGUAGUUUGCAACUUGGAUGGGUGCUUGCUCAAGGGACUUUGAUUUCCUACUGAUGUAAUUGAUAUCUAUAUGUGAAUUAGUAGUUUAGUGUCAA